AUGUCCGACUCGGAGAAUAGCAGCACGUCAGCGGGCAGCAGCGGCGGCGGCGGGGCUCAGCAGCAGCAGAGGUACCGCAACGCGCUCGGCGAAGGUCUCGUCGUCCCGGGCCUCGACGGCGUCAUCUACUCGCUCGGAGCCAACGGGAAGCUCAGCGUGCUCACGUCGAGCGCGCCGGACCUGGUCUUGGAGCCGAGGAUGGCGUGCCUCGCGGUCAACGCGGACUCGCACGGGGGUAUCGUGGAGGACGAGAGCUGCGGCCUGCUGAUUGGCGAGAAGACCACGGAGCUGUUCUCCCUCGACACGGAGACGGGGACCGCCAGGCGCGUGGGCGGCGGCGGCGGGGCUCAGAGCAGACCCGUUCGGGAAGCGGGCGACGGCGGCAGGGGGCGCGGCGGGAAGGGUUGGGGGCCGACGGAGCAGGAAGAGGAGGAGGACGAGGACGAUGAGGUCGGCAGUAGGGACGGCGGCCCGUGGGAAUGGGGGGGGUAUGGCUCUCACCGCAACCAGCAGCAGCAGCAGCAGCAGCCACGGCCGCAUCGUCCGCCGCCCAACAGCAACCUCCUGCUCCAGCGCGACGAGUAUGUCGUCCGGGCGCUGGACGCGGAGACCUCCGAGGAGCUGUGGUUCGUGACGGUGGCCCACUUCAGCGCCCUCGACCUCCAGGGCAGGGGCGGCGCGACGGCGCUGACGCGCGCGAAGGUCGCCGCCGCCGAUCGCGAGGGCUACACGAGGGUGAUCCGGGCGAGGUCGGGGAGCAGCAGCAGCGACGACGACGACUCGGUCAAGGCCCUGCCCCUGCCGGUAGGCGGUGACGAUGACGAGUGGGGCAGCGACAGCAGCAGCAGCAGCUGGAGUUCGAGUAAAGAUUGGGAGAAGGACAUUCCGCGCGGGGCAGAGAGCGGCGGCGGCGGCGGCGGCGGCGGCGGCGGCGGCGGCGGCGGCGGGAAGCAGACCAGGCGGAGAGGGAAGUUUGGGGAGGAGCACGCCGAUCGGUUCCCUUACCUGCUCUACGAGAACAAUGCCUACGUGGUGGCGAUGGACCCGAUGGACGGGAGCGUGCUGUGGCGGAAGGAGAUGCCCGCGCUAGCCGUCUCGCUGUACGGCAUACGGGGCCGAGAGUGGGUGGACAUACUCCCGCCCCCGAUGUCGAUGCUCCGGACACCGCCGGGCAGGUACCCCGGUGAUGCUACCACCGCCACCACCUCCUUGAUGCCGGCAGCUUCCGUCGUUGGCGGUGGCGGCAGUGACGACUGGCUUGCCGGCGAGGAGGUGGACUGGUCCCACCAGCAAGACGAGGGGCCUCUGCUGCUGCUGACGAACGGCGACGACCACGAACUCACCGCUGCUGCUGCGGCAGAGGAGGCGGCGGCGGCGACGGCGGCGGUGCAAGAUUCGGCUAGCGGUAGCUCUGACGGCGAUGAAGACUCCGUCAGCUCGAUCUCCUCCUCCUCCUCCUCCUCCUCCACGGGAGACGACGAUGACGGUGGAACUUGGGAUGCGUCGUCGACUCUCGACGACCCGGGGGCGAAAGCAGUGGUGCCCGCGGCCGUCGCGAGGCUCCCCGGGGCCCGCGGUGGUGGCAGUGGCGGCGGCGGUGGCGGUGGCGGUGGCAAGGCCACCGGCCUGCUGCAGCCGGGCUUGCGCAAGGGACACCUGCAGGCCCAGGUGGGCUUCCUGAACGGCCACUUCUUCGUCUCGUCGUCGCUGAGGAGGGGACCGCUCCACGCGGCCGCCGUCGAGGAUCUCUCCGUCACCGCUCAAGACCGGUACCCUCACCCGUUGGGCAUGGCCAGCCGGAGGUCGUUCGUCGACGCGGCGGGCAGGGACGCACGCGACGGGGGCGGGGACUUUGGCGGCGGCGGCGGCGGCGGCAUCGCGGCCGGGUUAGUGCAGAUGCCACCACCCCCGGUGGUCAAAGUCCCGCCGCAGGCCGCGCGGCCGGUCGACCAGACCGGCAUCAGGGUAGGGGGUGCUAGCGGUAACGAUGCAGUCAGCGGUGGCGGAGUUGGUGCCGGCAGCGGCGGCGGCGGUGGCGGGGGCGGCGGAGGAAGAGGAGGAGGCACAACCAUGGGAAUAGGGGACUGGAGGCAAGCACUGCUCGACGGCGUCGAGAAGGCGAUGAUCGAAGAGCGGAGGAGCAAGAACGGGAAGGGGGACGAGGAAACGGCGGCGGGCGGCGACAGCACGGGCAAGGGGCUGUUCAUGUCGUGGGGGGUAAUCGCGGCCCUGGUGGGGGGCGUGGUCGCCAUCGUCGCCGGCGUCGCCUACCUGGCGUACAAGCACGGCGCGACGGCCAUGGCGAACAUGACGACGAUAACUCGCCGGGCGGGUUCCGCCACCAAGCUUGGCAGGAACGGCAGCCCCGACGUCGUCGUUACCGGCGACGAUAGGAAGCGCCCCGCCGGAGCCGCCGCUGGAUCCGGCCCGGCCCGGGAGCUCUCUCUUCUCGGAGGCGUUUCGUCGCCGGGGGAGGAACUCCCCCUCCCCGCGAUGGCGACCUCCCCUUCUCUCCAGCAACGGGCGAGCGCAUCGGCCAUGUGCACUGGCUCGGGCCCCAACGGGUCGCCCGCCGCGGGAAGAGAGGGUAGGGGUUCUCUCGGCAGGAGUUCCCCGACCGACGGGGUGCUACAGCGGGCCAGGUCGAUGCACGAGGUCCACAUCCAGCGCGUGCACUCUCUGCCGGUGCUGCGGCAGUCCCACUCCCCGCCGGGGCACGAUGGCGCCGGCGGCGGCGGUAGAUGUUGGCGGCACCCUCGGCAAGGGUGGCAUUCGCUCUUCGGCUCGGAGGAAGGAGGCCCCGAUUGUCCCGACGGCGCGGCGGCGAAAGGCGACGGUGGUCAGCUCAGCCGUGCGGUGUCGCCUGCUCGCGAAGGAGGUGGAAAGGUUGUAGUCGCCGAUGGCGGCGGCAACGCGGAGAGGCUGUCCUCGACGGCUCGGUUAGACGAGGGGCAGGUGUUGGCGGGAUUGGAAGGACUGGACGGGGGUUCGCCUUCGUCUGCCGCAUCGGGCGCCCGCACGUCCGAGAUCUCGCCUCUAGCGGAGAGCGGGGUCGGUGGCGGCCCCCCGGCACGAAAGAGCCGCAAGGAUUCUUCUUCGACCGCCUCCUCCUCCCGCCGAAGAGCUCCGGAAGCGGGAGCGGUCCCGCGGUCUAGCGGCCGGCGACGGCGGCGGAAGGGGUCGGGUUCGCUGGGACCUGGUUCUCGACGAGAGUCGGAGGAAGAUGGCGACGACAGCGAUGACGAGGAGGAGGAGGAGGAGGAGGAGGAGGACGACGACGACGACGGCAGCGGCAAGCGAAGGCAGCCGCGGGCGCAGAGGCACCGUAGCCGGGACUUUUCCCCCGACGACGAAGGCGGCGGCGGCAGUGAUUGGGAAGGCGGGUCGGGGCGAAGGAGGGCCAAGACCGACCACCCCACGACGGGGGGACGGGCGCGCGACAGGGGGGGAAGCAGGCGGCCAAGCCGGAGCCCGCGCCCAUCCGCCGACUCCGGGACGGAGGAGGAGGAGUUGGUAUUGGGCGCAUGCAACGGUUGCGGCAGCAGCGGCGGCGGCGGCGGCGGGGGAGAUGACGACCUCGCCUCUGCGGUUGUCGACACGGGAGGCGACGACAAGGACGCGCUGCUCGUGACCAACCGGCGGCUGCGGACGGAGUUCGUGGAGGGGCAGAAGCUCGGCAAGGGGGGCUUCGGGACGGUGUUCAAGUGCCGCAACCGCCUGGACGGGCACGACUACGCCGUGAAGAAGAUCAGGCUGUCGUCCGACCCGCGGUGGCAGCCCCAGCUCGCGAAGGUGCUGCGGGAGGUGAAGAUCAUGUCGCUGCUGGACCACCCGAACAUCGUGCGCUACUACCAGGCGUGGCUAGAGAAAUUCACGGAGGAAGAUGAGGAGCUGCUGCGAGAAGAGGGCGCCCCUUCCGCCGUCAGCGAGAGCUGGGACCAGACCACGGGCGGAGGCGGCGGCGGCGGCGGCGGCGGCGGCUGCUCCCGGGCUAGCCACCUCCCCUAUGUCCACCACCACCGCCACCGCCAACAACAAGCGCAGCACACCGGCACCGGCACGACGGCGGCGGGGAGCAGCAGCAAGACGAAGACGUACGCGUACGCCAAUAGACACAGGGGCGGCGGCGGCGGCGGCGGCGGCGGCGGACGCGGCGGCAACUUGGACGACGGCCUUGGUAGCCUCGGCGGCCUCGGGUUUGGAGCGUCUCCUCCCCAGAGCCCGCUGUUCGUGAUGCCGAAUGGCCCGGGGACGGCGGCGGUGGGAGUAGCGGCAGAGAGCAAUGGCGGCGGUGGCGGUGAUGACAACAGCAGUAGCGCCGCUGGUGGCGGGGAACACCCGCCGCCGCGCUGGGAAGCGUUGCUGGGGUCGUCGUCGCCUCGGGGACACAGGUACACCCCUAAGGUUUCGGGACCUCUCUUCGAGGAGCAGAGUGUGGACGGCUGGUCUGUCGAUAGCCGGAGCCGGAGUGCCGACGGCAGAGGGAACAGCGGCGGUGGUGGGAGGUCGGGGGUGGGGCGGCGCGCGUGGGGCGAUGUCAGCUUCUACGGGAGGGAGUACCACGAGGAGGAAGGGGAAGAGGGGGAGGAGGGCGGCGACGAUGACGAUGAUGCGAGCAUGCCUGGCUUCGUUUUCGAACGAGAAGAGGCCGUCGAAGACGGAAAUAGAGUAGAGGAGGAGGUGGAGGAGGAGGAGGGAGGUGGGGCAGGAGACGGCUGGUUGGUGGGUGAGUCCGGCCAUGAAGAUGGCGACGCCGGCGACGAUGGCGGCGGCGAUGGUGGUGGUGACGGCUGCUCGAAGGAGGGGACAUGCUGGACGGCGGCGGCGGAGGGACGGCGACCCUCGGGCUCCGUCAGCGCGGCCGCUACCGCCAGCGCCAGCGCUUACGCGGAGGGGGAGGGGGAUGGCUGCUGCAGCGACGGCAAGGCGGACACGAACGACUUGUACGCCCCGCCGCGGCCCCCAUCCUGCGGGUCGGACGGCGCAGGUGCGGCGAAGGAAGGCGAAGAGAGGAGCGCUGACUGCGAUGGCGGCGGUGAGGGACGGGGGAACGAAGAGGAAGACUCCGACAGUAGCCACGACGGAAGAGGGCACGGCAGCAACCACGACGACGACAGCUUCAGCUGGAACCGGGUGAGACCGCUCCCGCCGAGAGAUGACAGUGUCCGCGGCGCCGCCGCUGCCGCCGCCGGUCCGAACGGCCAUCAUCAUCCUCAUCGCCACCCGGGCGGUGGCGGAGACCCGGGGUCUCGUCCGCCCCCCCCGGCGACGUUGGAGCUUGCGCUGUCAGACGUCCCGAGCAGAAGAAGCCCGCCGGCCACGAUACCGGACAAGGAACAGGGCCGCCGUCACAGAAGCAGAGCGGGCAAUAGAUCGGACGGCGAGGGCAAGGUGGCCGCGGCGGCUGUCGCCGCGGAGGCGGCCGCGGCCGCGGAAGGGAAGAGCCGGCCGCGCGGGCAGAGCUGGCCGAUCGCUGCCGCUGCCGACGGUGGCGGCAAUCCGUCCCUCGCGGGGGGUGACGCAGAACCGGGGGCGGGCACGAGAAAGAGGCGUUCGCGUUCCUCCGCUGCCGCUGCGUUCCCCGAAGCCGCCGCCACCGCCACCGCCACCGCCGCUUCCGGUUCCAACCGGCGAAGAAACUUCGGGAAGGGGGCGUGGGACAAGGAGCAGCAGGCCAGGGGGGGGGCGGGGAGGGGCAGGAGGAGGUCGAAGGAGGUGUACGACCUGUGGCUGUACAUCCAGAUGCAGUACUGCUCGCACAACAACCUGCAGUUCUUCCUGGACGAGGACCCCGUGCGGAGGAGCCAGACCCGCGUGGACAUGCCCCAGGUGAUGCACAUCUUCAUGCAGAUCGCCAAGGGGCUGCAGUACGUACACGCCUGCGGGCUCAUCCACCGGGACCUGAAGCCGGCCAACUGCUUCCUCAUGAGGGAUGGAGCCGUCAAGAUCGGGGACUUUGGCUUGUCGAGACAUAUACUCCCCGCCGACGGCAUCAACGCGGGCGCCGUCUCCGCAGUCGCGGACGCUGCCGCCGACGCUGCGGCGGCCGCAGCGGCAGCUACCGAGGCUAGUUCCAAGAAGCGAGCGUCGUUCGCGUGGGAGUCGGACCACCAGCUUGGCGGGGUGGGUGGGGACGAGUCCAUCACCGGUGGUGUGGGCACGUAUCUGUACGCGAGUCCGGAGCAGAUGAGCGGCAAAGGAUACGACGAGAAGACGGACAUGUUCUCCCUCGGCAUGCUCAUGUUCGAGCUGUGCCACCCGCCCUUCGGCACGAAGAUGGAGCGGACGGUGGUGCUCACGAAUGCGCACCGGCUGCAGUUCCCGGGGGGUGACGCGUGGGGGCCCCCGAAGGGCGAGGAGGCCAUGAAGAACAUGUGCCGGUCGAUGCUGCAGAAGGAGAGCGGGAAGAGGCCCUCCGCGGCGGACAUCGUUAGACAGGUGGAGAUGAUGCAGGGCAAGCACAUGGUCCUCCAGCUCGACAAGAAGCCGCCGGCCUCGUACGGGGUCGACGGCGACGACCGGCCGGAGAUGGACGUGGUCCUUCGCGUCGAGGCCCUGGACCAGGAGGGCUUGCUCCACCGCCUCGUCGACCGCAUCCGCACCCUGUGCAAGGGGCAGGCCGCUCACGACAACGACAGCAGCGGAGGUGGCGAGGGGGACGCGGCGGCGGCGGCGACGACGGCGGGCGGCGGGGCGAGGCUGGAGCAGUACGGGCUGAGGGGGCACACCGGGUCCGCGAUCAUGGAGUUCCUCGUCGCUGGUGCUAAGUACCGCUUUGUCCUGUGAGUGGUGUUGCAUGGGGGGGCUUAGCGCCGGUCAGCGUGGAUGCUUCUUGCUGCUGAUUAUCUGCCUGUCCCGUACCUGUUGAGCCGGCGGAUGGCGCAUGUGUGUGUGUGUUUUCGGAAUAGGAACCGUUGCAGGCUGACCUCCAGUGCCGGGUGACUCGCGCGUGUGCCGUGAGCGGACGUUCGUCUGUCGCUUGCUGCCACCGAGCGGGAGUACGGUAUGGGGGUUGGGUUUGUUUCGAAGCUUGGCUGUGUCUGUCUGUCAGUCUGUCUGGUUGUUCUUGGUUACAAUAUAUUUUCUGUGGGCAGCUAUGUGGUAGCUGGCCGAGCGCUCCCUCCCGCGCAAAAAAGGUUUCACGAAAAUUUCAUGGACACGCUGGUGGAGAACACUUUGAGUCACGAAAAAAAGAUAUGCGUACAUGUGCAGGGAUAUAUAUUUUUUGUUUAUGUAUCUUUUUUCUCCGAACCAAGACAUAUUCUGGAGGGGGAGCCAAAGGUGCCCCUGUAGGUGUGGUAUUCAGACGCGAAAACGAAAGUGGGUGCCGGUUGGUUCCGUUGUUGCCUUCUUCUGUGAGGCGCUCUCUCUCCAGUUCCGAGAGAGCAUUUAGCAUGUGGCCCGCCUCGCCACGCUUCUUCUCUCUAUUAGAUACGACACAACACCAAACGUUGUGUCUGUUCGUGUGAUGGCGUUCUUCGUGAUACAAUGUAUUAGGAUGUCUUUUGGCUGUCAAAAAGCCUUGAUGAUUGAUUCCGGCCGGGCGUUGAUAUAUUUCGGGCCGCGAGUCUUUUCGUUUUUCGCUCUUUUUUUCUGUUUGUUGGCGUGGAGGCCCGCCGGCCCCGCGUGCUCAUCUGGCACGCCGUUAUUUUGAUUGUACGUAUAGCCUAUUUAGAUGGCCUGAAAGCUUUGCCGGUCGUUGCCGCUGCCUGCCUGAUAGGCUGGGUAGUUCAUCGUUUAUAACGUGGUGAGGGCUUCAUUCGUUGUGCGCCCGUUAUUCGACUGACUGUCUGUCUGCCUGCCCUACCCCCUUGUCUGCUUCAUUUUUGUAUGCUGAGUGUGCGGGUGGACCGACAUACAAUAUUAUUGCUGCAGCCCGGUUUGGUUUCCGCGGACGGAUCCGGUCUUCAGUAGCUAUUAGCUGCGUUUCUGUCUGACGAUCGCUGCCGCUGCUGUGAUGUGCGUGUCUCCUAUCCAUCCGCCUCGUCGUCCGUUCCGCAUGUUUUGGCAAGGCCUCUAUGUUCCCGUAUGUGUGUAGUAGAUGUUGAGAUUACAGAGUUAAAUGAUUCGGCUUAUGGGUCCGCGUGACUUCGGGAGAGAGAAGACGGCGGGGUUGGUGCUGCUGUUCGUUUCUAGAAGGCGGUGCCUACAACGCGGCAGCAAUGUGCAGUCUUCCUGUUUUCAACACCGUAGAUGCUAAAGGUGUCGCUACUGCUGUCGGGGUCAAUAUAUUACAAAAUGGUAAGGGCGGGGUCUGUCGACUGUGGCAUGCCUACUAUAACGGGCAGCAUAUGCAAUUGCGCCGACAGUUCAACAGAACCAUUGGGGGCGGGGGGGGGGGGCGGGAUGGGUUCGACCUUGGAGGAGGGGCCCGCGAAUCGUCCAAAGAAGUGAGAAGAGCUUGUUUUUAGCAGCGCAAGUCUGGGAAAGAGACCGGAGAAAAAAAAGACUGAGUGACUGGCUCGCGGCGCGUUUGAUUGGGCCUACCUUUCUGUUGAAAACAAGACCGAAAGAUAAAAAGUGUUUC